AGCGCAAAGUUGAACGGGACACACGCGCGGAAUGUUCGGAAAAAUCUCGCUAGGCGUUUUGCUGCCAGUUUUGGUACCGCUCGUGUGGUGCGAUCCGUUUGUAACAACGGAUGACUACUACCGAAUGCCGAAACUGUUCCAGUACGAUGACUACGAUGAAUGUUUCGCUAUUACCAACGUAACUGACCCCGCCUACUGUGUCGUUCGAUCCGUCAUCAAACCGAACGGCGACUCAGAGCUUUGGUCCUUCAUUCAGAACUUUUCCUCUGAUGCUCUUCAUAUGCGACACGAUCACCUAGAUCGUGGUUUGUGCGUUGAACGCUGCCAACGGUUGGUGUCCUCGCUGAACGAUGACGAAUUGGAACAAUUGUACGUCGAGAAGUUCGAGAUUAACUUUCCUUAUAUUGUAGAUUUUGGAGCUUUCGGAAACAUUUCCAACGAUCGCGCCCGUUACGGAAGGUUGAUGAACAUCUGUGUCAACUAUCAACUGAACCGAACCUACGGUUUGAAAGCCUACACGGAGAUUGAAUACUGUACUCGGCCGAUGCCCGCAGACAGUCCGCUGCUAAAUUGGUUCUAUGGUAUAACGCUGACGCUGAUUCUAUUGGUCAUUUCGUCUAGCGUUUAUGAUACAAUUAUCAAUGAAGAUCGUACCGAUACCCAUUAUAUCAGCGAUCCACCUCAACAGACAAAAUUGCUUCUUACGUCCUUCUCCAUCAGGCGCAAUUGGUGUCGGUUGACGAAACACUCCCAAAAUCAGCUCAGCGAUGAUUUCCGUUUCAUCCACGCCAUUCGGUUCUGCUCCAUGGUGCUGAUCUUCUUCGCCCACGGUGCAAACUGUGUGUUGCAACUGAACUUGAUGAACCCGAUAGAUCUGGAACGGAGCAAACACAGUUACGGAUUCAUCACUCACAUCAAUGGGGAUCUGUUAGUGCAAACGUUCUUCAUGAUCAGUGGACUGUUCCUGAGCCUACACUUUCUGGAGCAACACGGAAAAUCCAAGCGAAAGAUGAGCUGGUGGGUCGUUCCGGUCGUAACGCUGUAUCGGUACACCCGUUUGACUCCGGUAUACGCGUACGUCCUUCUGCUAUACCUAGUGUGGCAGCCCACGAUGCUCGAUGGACCACUGUGGCCUAGGGGGGUCAAUACCGAUCAAUACUACUGCAAAGAAAACUGGUGGCUCAAUCUGUUAUACGUCAACAAUUACGUAAAACCUGAUCAACCGUGCAUUCAACAUACGUGGUACCUAGCGUGUGAUUUUCAACUGUACCUUUUCGGAAUUAUCGUUUUGGUAGCAAUCACGAAAUACCCAAAACUGCAGAAAUUGAUCUUCACGCUAGGGGCACUGAUCGCUGUGAUAAUUCCAGCCUACGUUAUCUACACUGAAAAACUGGACAGCAUACUACUCGAUCGGAUGCAAAAUGCCCGAUUCUUCAACGUUUACUCCAAGUUCUACCAGCUCGUCUACUUACCGUUCCACACUAAUAUGGUUGCCUUCUUCGGUGGAUUGAUCGUUGGGGUGCUCUACAUCCGUUACCGGAAGGAAUACUCUAAAGGAAAUCGAGCUUGGUACAUACAGCUUCUGUGGAACUUCACCGUUCCGUUGUCCUACUUCCUGAUGAUUUCCACUCGGCCCCUAUACAACGACUAUCCGAAACCAUCCCUCUGGCUGGCCGCCCUAAAUCCGCUGCUUCAGUUAACCUGGCUUGCGGUUGCCAUUUGCUUCAUCUACGGACUGCUGUACAACUUCUAUGGUCCGAUUAAACAGUUCCUCAACUACCAGGCCUUCAUUCCGUUGGGCCGGCUAAGCUACUGUGCCUACAUGGUUCACAUAUUUGUGCUAAAGUAUCUACUGUUCGGUUCCAAGAAUCCGAUUCACUUUGACGGCCCGAAGCUGUAUUCGACCCUAAUAUCAACGGUUGUCAUAGCCUACUCCAUUGCAUUGUUUUUAUCGCUAGCGGUAGAAUUUCCAGCGUCAGCCAUUCAGAAGUACAUGUUUAUGAAGCAAAACGAACAAUUGGAUAAAUUGAAGAAAAAUAAGUACACAGAAACAUUCCAGGUGAAUGUUCCGGUUAAGCCACUGUUUGAGCAGAAAGAUUUAGAAAAUACUGUGUAAUCUAGUAACAAUGAGGAGCCUCCUGGAGAAGCAACAAUUCAAAGACUCAGUACAAGAGGAGUUUAAUUCGUUUAAGAAUUCAAGCGGCGAUGGAGUGGUCAUACUUGAGAUUAAAUGGUGAUGGUCUCAGUUAGUGUUAUAUCAGUGAAUAAAUGUAUCAUAUAUUUUUAUAAAGUGAAAAGAA